CGGUGAGGACUAUCCUUCGAUUGAGCCGUUCAAGAGAACCCGAUCCAAUCGUAUCAAGAAAACGUAAGUAUUUGUCUUCUCCCACAAACCCCCUCAAGCUCCCUUUUAUUAGCUUCACGCUCAUAGCAAGAGGGAAACAUCCAAGGGAAUCAACAUCGUACGAAUUAGAGGGGCUGAACCGUGAAACAACCAGGCACUUAAAAAUUCCCACCACCCCCAGAUUUCCCACAGUCCUCCCACCACUUCGCCGCGCGCACAACGCACCACAGCCAAGCCGCACCACAGCACACGAUGACCGCCGCCGCCGACGACGACGCGCCUUCUGAUGACCCGCUUGCCGGUGGCGGGGACAGCGCCUGCUCCACGCCGUUCGUCAGCGCGCCCUCCAGCCCCACCCGCGACCCAUUCUCCGGCCACCACCACGCCGCGUGCUUCUUCAGCGCGCCGGCGAGCCCCACCCGCGGCGCCAGCAACGAGUUUGCCUGCGGCGGCCUCGAAUUUGACUUCGACUUCGACUUUUCCUCCCGGUUCCCGUCAUCCUCCGCCGCCGCCAUGUCGUCCGCCGACGAGCUCUUCCACAACGGCCAGAUCCGCCCCGUCCGCCUCUCCGCGAUGCUGCUCCAGCCGCACCAGCCUCAUCUCGCCUCGCCUUCACAGGCCCCCGUGGAGGUGGAAGAGGGCGAGCGCGGUCGCUUCUGGGGCCGGUCCGUGCACCACAAGGCGCGCUCCCUCUCCCCAUUCCGUGCCCACUGGAGGUCACCAUCUCCCGCGCCGCCGCCGGAAUCCGAGUCCGUACAGCCGGCGGCCACGCCCCCGGCCUCGCGCUCCUCGUCCUCCUCGUCCACUGCUUCGUCCGCAUCGUCCUCUUCCUCCAGGAGCUCCAGGCGUUGGGGCUUCAUUAAGGAUCUCCUCCACCGAAGCAAGUCCGACGGCGGCAAGGACAACCAGCACCCUGCCGCUCCUGCACCGCCGACUUUCCCAGCCACACCAAAGAGUAGCCCCUCUCCUUCUCCAUCGCCGGCGGCGGGCAGGAGUAGAGAGACAGGGAGGGGCAGGCGGAGGUCGGCGCAUGAGAGGCUAUACGAGGCGAGGAGGGCGGAGGCGGAAGAGAUGCGACGGCGCACGUACCUGCCGUAUCGGCAGGGUGGGCUGCUGCUCUUCGGUUGCAUCGGGCUCGGCAACCGCAGCGGCACCGCCGUCCAUGGUCUUGCUCGGGGUCUCAACACCGCCACGGCCGUCUCUUCAAGAUCAUGACAACACCUCGUACCCCUGCAUAUCCAUGGACGCAUCCGCUUCUCCGCUGGAGCUUCAGGUGUUCUUGGAGCUGGAUGGUCGGGGCAAUGCAUGUUAAUCAUGUUGCUCAUGUAGGAUUAGGAAAGAAAGCCAAACCGAGUUCUAGUAGUAUUAGGAUUCCUAGUCCUA